CUAUAUCCAUCAUCUGUGAUACAGGGAGAGCACACAUGAACUAUGACAAAUGUUAUCGGGCGUCCAUUAUCCAUCUUAUAGGGCAUGCGCUCUUGGCACUGUCCAGUUGCAUUUGCGAUCUUCCCUGUCUCGUCUUGGGAGCCGUCCUCUUCCGGGUCUGUUUCAGCGACUUCCAAUGGGCGCCGACCAACGCUUUGCUGUUGAAUAAAUUGGACAAACUAAUCUACGAAAUAUAAUUGCACAUUGGAGCGGCUGCGAUUUCGUGUCCUGGACACCAGCCACAGGGAUGUCAGACGUUAGUGUUGAGACAGAGCCCAGCCAGGCUGCGGGCGCAGGGUCCCAGGUGGAGCAUGAGUUGGGGGAUCAGGGCCACUCUGAGGAGGUUCAGCGAGAUCCUGAAGAUGCUCAGGCCACGCAUGGCGAAGCCCUGCAGGGCACAGACAGCCGCGGGGCUGACACAUAUGAUGAUGUUGUGUAUGAUGUGGCUCUGAGUGACAGUGAUGAGGAUGCAGAGGGUGACACUUCUGUGAGCCACAAGGGAGAGGCUCACCUGGACUCAUCCCUAAAGGCCACUGCUCCCUCUGCUAAUGACCCUUCGAUGGAUGCAAAGUUAAAGGAGACCAUGGCAGAGGAGCCGCACAGAAGCUCAGCAGCUGAGAUAUCAGUGACCAGCAACGGAGAAGCUGAUAGGAGCCAUGAUGAUGUGUUUCAGAGGGACCCAGCCCAUGGAAUGACCAGUUUCUCAAGCAUGGUGGCACACACCCAUGACACCUUGGACACUUAUGGCUCACCCGCAGAGGGAGUGGUUGAAGUGGGGCCUUAUAAAGGGUCAGCCAGCCAGCCUACGACCCCCACAGUGGCCCCAAGCGCUGUAGCGGCUGGGCGCCUGGCCCGUGGGGCCAGUGACAGUCAGGUGGAGCUGGAGAAAGGUGCAGCCAUAGGACAGCCAACGAGUGGGCCGGUGGUCCUUGCAGAUGACCUGAAGAACCCAGCCAUGGAGAAGCUAGACCUGGUGAGAAAGUGGAGCAUCAACACCUACAAGUGCACCAAACAGAUCCUGUCCGAGAAGCUGGGCCGUGGCUCCCGGACGGUGGAUCUGGAGCUGGAGUCACAGAUUGACGUUCUCCGCGACAACAAGCGCAAAUACGAGCAAGUAAUCAAGCUAGCUCAGACACUGGUCAACCAGCUUGCUCAAAUGAUGCAGACACAAAGACAGCUGGGAGACGCCUUCGCUGACCUCAGUUUGAAAUCACCUGAACUUCAUGAGGAGUUCAGCUACAAUGCUGACACCCAAAAACUCCUGUCCAAAAAUGGCGAGACUCUCUUAGGAGCAAUCAACUUCUUCAUCUCUUCUGUGAAGACACUAGUGGACAAAACCAUUGAGGAUACCAUGUUGAACAUCAAACAAUAUGAAGCAGCCAGAGUUGAGUAUGAUGCUUACCGCACCGAUCUGGAGGAGCUGAACCUGGGUCCCCGCGAUGGCACCACGCUGCCCAAGAUUGAACAGUCCCAACAGCAGUUCCAGCUCCACCGGGAGAAAUACGAGCGGAUGCGCAAUGAUGUGUCAGUCAAACUGAAGUUCCUGGAGGAGAAUAAGGUUAAAGUACUGCACAAUCAGCUCCUUCUCUUCCACAAUGCUAUAGCGGCAUACUAUGCAGGCAAUCAACAGCAACUAGAACAGACCCUUAAACAGUUCCACAUCAAGUUGAAAAUGCCCGGAGGAGACUCCCCCUCCUGGCUGGAAGAGCACUGAUCUAUGGGGUCGACCUGCUUGUAAACCCCAGAGCAAGACGGGCAUCAGUAGCUGAAGAUGGGAAGUACCAUGUGCACUCCUUCAUAAGCGAACUGUCUUUCCCAAACAUAGGGCAGUUUGCUAGUCCUUUUUCUCCUCUGCCUACAGUAGGACCUUAAAUCUAUUGGGCAAAAAAAAAAAAAAAUUACACAAAAAAACAAAGCUAACAAGAUUUAUUUUUCCCCUCCUUGUCUCUCUCGCUGACUUUUCAAACUAAAGAUUUUUAUGGUGUUCUUGUAUUCUCACAUCUGAGAAGAUGUCUUUUUACUCUGUAAUGGAAAAUCACUUGACUCAAGGGACAUGCACUUUUGUGGUAUGAUGUGACAAAUCUGAUAUGAAAAAUACUGGGCAUUGGGAAUGUCCAUUGACCCAGCUUGGUGAAUGUAGGAACUAGAGAGUGGCCUGAAGUCUGAAUCUACUCUGAAGGAAUUUCCAGGCACGUGGCACACUUAAAAAUCCUUCACUUUUAACCCCUGCUCAGUGCUCUCACACCAGCAUGGACAGGUAACAGCAACCAGGACAAUAGCAACAUACCGGUAAACAUAAACUAUACAGACUAGAAACAUAAACUAUACAGACUAGAGGUCCGUGCAGUAUCUCUCAUCAGUCAGAAAGAUCACAAGGACCGUUUUAGAAUGUCCCCAUUACAGUAGGUGUUCCGUUAAGAACGUGAGGAGAGGUUGGAUGUCCACACAGGACGAUGAGAGGAGAAGGGUAGGCCAGGGGAGCGCUUUACUGUGCAGCUAGUGUGCACAUUGGGUUACUGUUAACAGAGCUUACUGGUAUGAGCGCUGGGUAGGGGUGAAAGAUUGAUGUUCACAACUGAAUACAUGGAUUAUACAGAUUUUGGUAUUUUGAUUAGGUAUAUAGUUACCUCUUAAAGAAGGAAGGGCCAGCCUUAUUGUGUUACUUGACAUGAAAUGACUUGAUGUGCCUUUUUAAUGUUGCAUGCCUGACCAGUUUGUGGUGAUCUUAUUAGAGAUGAAAACACCCAGGAUCCAACCACACUGCCUGGCUAGGGAUUGCCUUUCAGGCUAAAACGUGCACACACACACAUCCCUCCAACAACCAGCACAAUCUCUUAUUCUCUCUCCUUUAGCCUUCUAAAGACGAUCAUACAGAUACUAUGAAUUCAACGCAGCUCUUCACCCAUAUACUGUUAUUAAGGAUAACACAACUCUUGAAUAUUUAAACCAAAAGACAUCUGUCCUUUGUACAUGGGAAUGACCAGCACUGCCUCUGCUGAUGAACCUUCUGUUUGUUUGAAAUUAUCCCUGUGCUUUUUGUUAGAUGAUGUCCUUUACAAGGAACAUUUGGUGUACAGCUGCUCUACCACAGAAUGAUUUGCUUGAACACUACAAGCACGUUCAUCAAUGUCUGUCAUAGUUUAUUAUUUCAUUUCCUUUAGCUUUAGUUUGACUGCUCUUUAACUGGACAUACAUCUACGCUACCAAGACCAGAGAAGAAAUCACCUAUCUAAAGCCACAAGGGCCUCUGAAGCAUUUUUUUUUUUUUUUCAAGAAACUUUAUUUUGAAUUGUUCUUAGUUUUUCUUAAAACAUGUUCUUCUGGCCCCAGCAGUGGCGCGACUGGCUGGGGCACCUGCACCGUACGCCGGCGACCCGGGUUCGAUUUUGUGGUCCUUUCUGGAUCCCACCCCGACUCUCUCUCCCAAUCACUUCCUGUCAGUCUCCACUGUCAUAUCUGAGUAAAGGCAUAAAAAGCCCAAAAAAUAUACUUUAAAAAAAAAAACAUGUUCUUCUGUCCAAAAAUAUAACUCCAAGUUGUUUGCAGUAGAGAUGUUCCUGAACAUGAACAUGGUCCCCAGGUGGCCAAGCAAUGUCCUGCACUACCCAAAGCCCCUCAAGUUUUGCAUCUGUAUUGUAUUUCUAUCCACCCAUUAGAACGGCAGGGGUAUACAUGUACAAUGGUUCUGUGUUUGCUAACACAAACAUGUAGACCUAAGCAUAGGUAGAUACAUAUAUAUAUAUAUAAAUAUCUAUAUAUUUGUAAGUUUCUGUAUUUUAAUCUUGUAUAAAUGAACUCUUUUCAUGGGCAUUGUUCGGAAGACAUCACCGUUUGGAGUAUUCCUGAAGUUGGAGCAUCAGUUGACACUGUUAAUAUGAUGUAUGUUCAGUGAUGGGCUUUCAAGUGUAAGAAACCCUCUCUAUGUUGUGUAACAUCUUUUGAGAAUAAAAAUAAACUAUUUUUUUUCUUCUUAAA